AUGCUUUCCCCUCUUCUUCCUUCUCGCCCUGCCGUACUGGUGGGCUACGACAUCGAUCGAGCGGCUGCCGCUCGUCGAAGUACAGGAGGUAAGCUUUGGGGCUCGAAUCCUCAGCUGACAUCAGGACUACCCUAUCCGCACAAAGGUCUGGUUCACUGCCGACGAGGCGGCCAUCCCGAACCCGCCAGGCGGCACGGUGCCGAUCGACGACAAGCUCGGUCUGAUCGCGAAGAAGGACACGAUGCUCCGUUACGUGUGCACAUCGCUGUGGACGAGUCAACGAAGCCCGAAUUCCCGUUGGAGCCGUACAUUCAGACGGACUACGGGCAUCUCGACGUACCAGCCGGCACGCUCGUGAUCCCGCUGACGUCCCGUCAGACCAAGGAUGGCAUGCUCGGGACGCACCUGAAGAUCGCCGCGAUCAACAGCAUUCACAACCUACUGCCAGCGAACCUGCCGACGGUUCCAAAUCGUGCACUGGCUUAUCAGCCGAACGUGACGCUGAGCUUUGUCGUGCUCAACGAAGACGCAAGCGAGGGCUCCUACGUCGAGGGGUGGGACGUUGAGGCCGCGAUUCGGGAUCACUUCAAGCCGACUCUGGAGCCGCUUGCGCCGCUGUUCAACUUCUCGAUUGAGAGCCAGGUGCUCUACCACGCUCCUUUGACAUUUGAGCCGACGCAGCAGGAGGAUGGAAGCUGGGCCGUCGACGAUGAGCAGAUCAAGGUCUUCGUGUCGGAGCACUGGAAUCUGGACUCGAAGUCGACGAACAACCCCGUCCUCCGCUUCAUGCUCUUCGUGCCGUCGGCGAAGCAUCGUCCGAUGAGCCUGCCAGGUACAGACGCCUCUGACACAUUCCUCCUUCCUCAGUUCGGUUCGGUCGUCAUUUUGAACCCACCAAGCAGUCUGAAAGAAGACGCCUCGUACCACCUGACUGAGUCUGCGCUUGACCAACCGUUCUCCCAGUUCACGUCCGACUUUUACAAGCUGCUUGCCAUCCCUACGCUGCCUGAGAAGCUGCACCCGUGCCCUGAGAAGAAGGCCACGAAGACGCGAGCGAGCCGGGGAGUGUCCGAGCCGUUCAGCCCAUGGCAGCUGGACACGGCGCUGCGCAUGCGGCAUCUCGAGAACGCUCGCGAGGCUCGCAAGACGCUAGGCGGCAUCGUGCGCCUCAUCGACAAGAUUGAGGAGAUGGAGAUCCACGCGGCAGUGCGGGAGAAGAUCCUGGGCGCGAUCGCAAAGCUGGAGCAGCUCCCCGCCGCGGCCAAGGAGGGCGUGCUCGCCUCAGCCCUGCUUUCGCGCGAUGCUGUGGGACUGGCCAACGAGGCGUUCUUCGACCCCUCCAUGAUGGGCCUGCUGUACUUCCCGGACCAGCACAAGUUUGCGGUGUACGCGCCGCUAUUUGCGCCCAUCGGCGUGAGUCUGGUGGCCGGGCUGGUGAAGGAGAUCAGGGCUUGGAAGGCCCGGAAAAAGGCGAAGAAGGCGCAGACCGAGCCCGCCGCGGCAUCGGUCACGGUGGAGAAGGACAUGCCCGUGCAGAAGGUAGACUAG